CAAAUAAUCACUUUGUUCUCAUUCUCAACCAUCCUCCAUCCCAUUUGUUCCUCAGACUUGAGAGCUAGACCCAUCAUUUCAAUACUCAAAACAAAGAAAAAGAGAUCAAAAAUGGAAGAAACCAAGUCCAGGUUUCAGAGAAUCUGUGUCUUCUGCGGCAGCAGUUCAGGCAAGAAAGCUAGCUAUCAAGAAGCCGCUGUUGAGUUAGGCAAGGAACUGGUGGAGAGAAGGAUUGAUUUGGUCUAUGGAGGUGGGAGCGUGGGAUUGAUGGGUCUUGUUUCUCAGGCAGUUCAUGAUGGUGGGCGCCAUGUUCUAGGAGUUAUUCCAAGGACACUAAUGCCCAGAGAGAUAAUUGGUCAGACUGUUGGAGAAGUAAGAGCUGUCUCUGAUAUGCAUCAAAGGAAAGCUGAGAUGGCACGCCAAGCUGAUGCCUUCAUAGCCCUUCCAGGAGGCUAUGGCACCCUUGAAGAAUUACUGGAAGUCAUUACAUGGGCUCAGCUUGGUAUUCAUCGCAAACCUGUGGGUCUCUUGAAUGUGGAUGGCUUCUAUAAUUCAUUGUUGUCUUUCAUUGAUAAGGCCGUUGAUGAGGGCUUCAUAUCUACUACUGCACGUCGCAUUAUCGUUUCUGCCCCAACUGCCAAGCAAUUGGUCAGACAACUUGAGGAAUACGAACCAGAGUACGAUGAAAUAACAUCGAAGCUGGUAUGGGAGGAAGUUGACAGACUAAAUUAUGUGCCUGGAUCAGGAGUAGCUACAUCGUAGCCAUUGAAGUAUAAGCAAAUGGAUGAUUUUGAGGUUUUUUUUGCCUAUUUGGUAUAUACUUUUUUUAUAUACGGUGUAGAAUACCGUACACGUGGAGCACAGGAAGUAUUUAGAAGUUCUUUUUUGGAAAUGGGAAUGCCAAAAAAAAAAAAAAGAAUGUAUAUGUUAUGGAGAAAGAAAAUGUUUCUUUCCCUUAUUUUGUGAAAACUGAGAAGGAAAGAAUCAAAUUGAAUGAAAUAGGUUUUUCAAAACGUUGUGGCUUAUAGAAAUUUUGCUCU